GCAGGAGCGCGUGACAACCAGAUGGCGCAGCGUGCUAAAUGAGGAUGUUUACAUUUUUUGCUGUCAACACCAAGUCACUUUUGAAGCAUAGAAAGUGUUUUGAUUAUUCUUAGUAACUAAAAGGAUUUAACUUGUCUUAAAUUAUAUAAAAUUUGAAGGAAAAAUUUUUUGCUGCAGAAUGGUAUACGAUUUGGAUGACUGGGUUCAAUUUAAAGGCACUUAUUUUGUGUUUUUUCCCAGAGUUCAACCGCCCCCAUGACGAUCUGCAUUGUACCCGGUUGUGGCAAUAGUAGCCAAUCUGGAUGGAACUUUUUCAGCGUUCCGAUGACUAAAUCGACCGUUUUUAAGAAGUGGACCAACUUUAUGAACUUAUCCGGUAACAGGACGGAGCGAAUUUGCAGCUCGCAUUUUGAAGAAAGUGACUUCAAAACCCACUCGCGAAUAAUGCUUCGUCAUAAUGCAGUCCCAACUCUGAGAAUUCCGGAUAUUGAGCCGUUUUAUAGCACAACCGGCUCGUGCUGUGUAUGGGGCUGCAAAACUAAACAAUCCGGUUUGCUGACACCGUUUCCGUCUAAUCCUCAUUACCGUAUCCGCUGGAUGGACGUUUUGAACAUGCCGAAAGAAACCACGACGACUUGGAUGCGGGUUUGUCAAAAACAUUUUAAGUCUAAAGACUUUGUAACUGUUAAUUCGGUUUACUUGAAACCGUCCGCAAUACCAAGCAAGCGGGUCAAACGAGUCGCUCAGAAUCCACGUAAACUCAAUCGUUCAACAGAAGUGCAAGCGUCUGGUUCAGCUCAAGCAGAGUCAAAGCCGAAGAGUCACCGCAUUUGCAGUGUCUUCAACUGCACGUCACGAUCUGGUAACGGAAUCUUUUUGCACAGUUUCCCACCUAAAUCCGACGAUCGUUACGUAAUUUGGAUACACAAUUUGAGACAAGGAAAAAGGCCUUCAUCCAAUUACAAAGUGUGCAACAAGCACUUUACUCCUUCGGAUUACACGAAAGGUGGCAAGCGUCUUCUCAACUCGGCAAUCCCGUCAGUCAACUUGCCUAAUGGAACCAACGGCGAGCAUAGUGACAACCCGUAUGAAAAGCCGCGGAAAUCUUACCGUGUACCGAAGCCCAUCUUCAAUUCACCCCCCGUUGAUUCGUCCCUGCAGUCACAAACACACAACAAUAUAUCUGAUCGGUUUGAACAAGAUCAGUUACCCAUCAACGAUACAUCCGACCAGUUCGAGCAAGAUCUACCUGCACAGGGAGGUCAAAAUGAACAAGAAUCGAACCACGUUAGUGCCACCGGAAGUGCGACUGUUUCCGUUGCAUUGUGCGAGGUUGAGCCAAAGGCAAAACCACGUGUUGCGAAUUAUUUUUCGGACCUUCUUAUUAAUGAUCAUGCAGUGAACGUUUGGACCGGCGUGGAGACCCUUGAGCUUCUCGAGCAAAUUUGUAUAAAUACGAAACAUCUCGAAGACGCUGUAUACUCGAGCAAUCAUUCCAUGCACUGUGCUGAUCGUGUGAUCUUAGUUUUAUGCAAACUAAAACAAAAUUUGUCGUUUUCUGCGCUGGCAGUACUUUUUAGAGUGCACGUAUCGACCGUUUCUCGGUAUUUUGCCUUUACCUCUCACGUGCUGGCAGAGCUUAUGUCAAAAUUCGUAGAAUUUACUUCAAAAGAGGAGAUCUUGCAAAAUAUCCCGUUAUGCUUCCGUGGUCGUUUUUCAAAUGUAACGUUAGUUCUAGAUUGCACCGAGGUUCCGUUAUGCACAAUGCACUGUUUGAAUUGCAGAAUAUCUACUUAUUCGCAGUACAAGUCUAGGCACACUGCUAAAUUUUUAGUUGGUGUAACCCCAGCUGGUCUUAUCUCGUUUUGUGGUAGAGCUUACAGCGGAAAGUCGUCGGAUAAGUUUAUAUUUAACGAAGAAAACGUUAUCAACCUCCUCACCCCUCACAUAGAUGAGAUUAUGUGUGAUAAAGGCUUCAGCAUAGAUAAUGAGCUGUCUGUUAGAGGUAUCACAUUGCACAUUCCACCGUUUUUGCGAGCUCCCAAACUCACCCCGUCGGAAGCGGAAAUAAAUGAAGCAAUUGCUAAGGCGCGCAUCCACGUGGAACGCAUAAUGGCUCGACUCAAAAAUUUUAACAUAUUAUGUGAUACUAUCGAGCACUGCAUUGUUGGACAUCUAGAUGAUGUCAUGACUAUUGUUUGCGCACUAGUUAAUUUGAGUAAGCCAAUUCUAAAGGAUGAUAAAUUUUAACUGCAGACUGCUAUACUAGAAAAAGGUUCAUAAGCUGUAGGUUAUAUUAUGCAUAAGAUGACUGUUGUUAAAUAAAAGUGUUGAGCACAAUUUUGGCCAUCAGAUCAUUUUCUUCCUAACUCACAAACCCGGUAGCUGUUCUGUCCCAAACCAUAAAUCGUGCUUGCCAUUUCAUUAGGGCACAUAACUUUUUUAGGCUAGAGUGUGUCCCUUUCACACCUUAUGUAAACUGUCAUUUGAGUGAAAGGGAUACACUAUUGUUUACAAAAGUUAUGUGCCCUUUUGAAAUGUUAGACUCCAAAUAUCACUUGGCGCAGACAAGUCACGUUGGUUUGGAACUCAUCAACUCCUUCCUCAGCAUCUUAGCUUGAUCUUCGACAGUACACACAGAAAAAUAUUACCGUAAUGACAAAAGUAACUUAUUUUUGAUUUAAAAAGUUGCUAAAAUUAGCUAGAGGGAAAGUUUUUUCUUGUUUAAAAUAUGAAAACCUUUACUGGUAAAGUUGUUGAAAAUCUCCUUACUAACUGAUUUAAAAGUCUUAAUUUCUUUCUCGUGUAACCGUGUACGACUAAGUUCCAAAUGUAAACAAACACUUUGGUGCGUUCGGUGGUGCUGGUGAUUCUAGGCAGCAGCCAGGAAUCGGACGCGGAAACCUUCGUGAGCCAAACAGCAGCAGCGGAACGCCUUCGAAGGAGAGUGGUGCGGGUGCGGGACGAGGUGAAGUGCUCAAAAAGGACAAGGCGAGCUUCCUGCAGGAACUGCAGCUGUUCCACGACCGGAAUGGGUAGGAAGAAAGCUUGGGUGUUUUGUGGGGCUUGUGAUUGAUUUUGUUCGUUUUUUUUUUUGGAUUGGAGGUAGGAAUGUGGAUUCGCACCGAUUGUAUUCGGUGGUGGCCCGGGAUUGGUGAUUGUCAAUUCCCGCGAGGACUGUAACGAGAUCAUCGAGGAUAUGGCACUGCCGAAGAGUUGCGUGAACAACGAGAUUACAUUGAAGAAGAUAAACAUCCGGUUUUUGGACAAGUACAGGUGAUUUUCACGGUGAGGAGAAGGAGCCGACGAAGAGGAGGACGUCGAGAAACGGUAUAAUCGGAGGUAGCCAGAGCGGAUGUUGCACUCGGUGCCGGCGGUUUACAACACCUGUGAGUAAUGAGAAUGUGUACAGUGGCUUGCCAACUUCACUUACUUCCAUCUCUUUUAGCAAAUAACCGCCCACAAAUGCUCAUCUCCCGACGCCGCAGCUCCAGCCGAAUGAACCCUGGACAGCGUGCCGAAAAAAUCUGUGUCAUUCUCGAAGGAGUAUGAAGUGCUCGAAGUCGAAUUCAGUUCCGAGGGUCUCAUCAACCCAAUCUUCCGGAUGCGCUUCCAGAAUCGGGAACUCCCCGUUCAGGCACUUCACUUCUCAGCCAGGAAACGUCGAUCACCCUUGCCGAAUCUACAGCCAACUUCUCCAAACCUGUCCUGAUGAAGGCCGGCAACGUGACCAUCCUGUUCUCUACUUUGCUGUCGCGCGUCGAAACAUCCGUC